CUCACUCAUAACAUUCUUGUAGGUAGUGUUUUGUUCAUUAACUUGUCUCGUCACUUCGCGCUUGGAUGCGCGGCGACCGGUUAUGUGAUUUAAAUAUCAGUAAUUUUAAAUUAUAAAGAACAAACAUCCAUGACAUCAUGCGUGUUUACGUUUAUUUUGCACUUAUACUAACUCUCCAAGGCUUAAAUUGCAUCGAGAAACAUGUGGCACACUCCAGACUGAACUUUUUCGACAUAGACCUCCUUCGAUACUCCGCUGAGGAUAAAAGCGGGAAUGUCAUGGUCUCGCCAGCCAGUAUUAAGGCCACUUUAGCAAUGCUGUUAGAGGGAGCAGAAGGUGAAACAGCGGAAGAAAUAAGAAGAGCGUUAAGAUUGUCUCCUGUUAAGACUGAAUGGAGAGAGGAGUUGAAUUAUUAUUUGUUUUCUCUAGAGACAAACUCUUCAGGCGUCCUGCUGCAUAAUGCAAACGCGGUGUUUGUGUCAGAUAAGUUGAAGUUAAAAAAGGACUACGAUACAUAUUUGCACAAAGUUUACUUCUCAGAUGUAACUAAAGUUGAUUUUAAAGACGCAAACAAAGCAUCACAGCUUAUUAAUGUUUGGGUAAAACAGAAAACUAAUGGGCUGAUUCCGUCAAUAGUGGCACCUGUUGAUGUGAACCCAUUAUCAGAGAUGUUGGUCACCAACGCUAUGUACUUCAAAUGCUUCUGGCGUCAUGCUUUCAACCGACGCUUGACUCGCGGCGCUUGCUUCUACAACCGGGGCACAUGUCUAAAUGUCCAGAUGAUGGAUUUACAAGCCAAACUGAACUAUGCUUAUAUUGACAACCUAAGGGCUCAUGCCGUUGAACUUGCCUCUAUCAGGUUAGAUGCACGUUACUCCAUGAUUCUGCUGGUGCCCAGGGACCGCGACGGUCUUUACACUCUGACCAGAGCUCUCCCGUACAUGAGCGUACCCCAGCUUUCGUAGCUGAUGGAAAAUGAAGAUAUCAAGUUAUCACUACCGAAGUUUACAGUGGAUUACAGUGAAGACGUCGUUGCGGCUUUGAAGAAGAUGCGGAUCAACGCCCUGUUUUCAACUGAAGCAAAUCUCUCAUCUAUUUUCGAAGGUUCGAAACCCUACGUCAAUGGGAUAUACCAUAAAGUGUACAUGUCUGUAGAUGAGGAAGGCACCGUGGCUGCUGCAGCGUCUUCGGCGAUGGUGGUUCCUCUAAUUAAUGAUGGAGUGGAUCUAAGAGCUGACAGGCCCUUCGUUUUCUUCAUAAGAGACAAUUUGUCAGGUGUUGUGUUGUUUGAAGGCAAGAUUGAAGAGCCUAAUGAAUUUGUUGAAGUUAGUGCAAAUGGUAAACCCGCAAGGAAUACUUUAAGCUGGUACUGAUUUUGUAUAUACUUUAAAUAAAAUGGUUUUAAAAAC